AUGGCGUCACCUCCUGACGCUUCUGAUCCUACUGAUCGCCGCCCCUCCUCCUCUGUCGGCUCGACCAUGAACUCUGGCAGUGGUGGCUUUGACAGAUUCUCCCCCUUUUACUGGGACAAUUCUUCAUCGCGCGAGAGUAGCCCUGGCCCCCUCGAGAUCAUCCACGACAUUGAUCUCAAACAGUACAGAAAGGAAGUACCCCUCCAAUCCACUGAGACUGACGCCAGCACUGCUUUUUCUGCCCAAAACUCUCGAAAUGAGAACGCGAUCUUUCAGCCUUCACUUCUCUGCGGAGGAUCGCAAUUCUAUCAUGGCAAUGCAGUUAGUCACCCCUUUUCCUCUAAUUCCAAUCUCUCCACGGGUAAUUCUGCCUUCGACGACGGCGACGAUGAGGACAUAAGCGACGCCGAGUUCUUCGCCCAGUUCGGCGAACUGCCCCCCGCGGCAGAGGUUCCGACCGCCGUCGCUGGCUCAGACAUCCAGGACGACGGAUCCAUGGGCCUUCUUGAGGGGGACCUCGAAGCACAGCUCGGCGCGGAGCUCAGAGUAGGUGGUAACGAAUCGAUGGAACUGCUCGAAGGCGAUCUCGAAGCACAGCUCGACGCCGAAUUAGGAUCAGAUUUCGACGAUUUGACGGAACUGCUCGACGGGGACCUCGAAGCACAGCUUGACGCCGAACUUGAAGCAGAAACCCACAAGGAGUACCAAUCCGUCGACGAGGAAGAGGCAGCUGAAGCCGCACAACGCAACGCCAAUCUUCAAGAGGCACUGCGGAUCGCUGCCGAGAAAGCAGCAAUGGCCAUUCCAUAUGACCAGAGAGACGAUCCGUCCUUUCCUACUGAAGAGGAGCUCGAGGCCGAGCUCGAGGCCGAGCUACGUGCAGCGGAUGCUGUCGAUGAACCCAUCGGCGACGUUACCAGCAUGGUCACAGGGAUGACAGAUUUCGGACCAAUAAUUAACCCCUCGACAGUGAAGCACGUCUCCAAGAGGCAAUCGAAGAAACCUGCCAAGAAGGCGGCCAAGAAGACUGCCCCGAAAGCCAAACCCAAGACGACUACUUCUGCACCAACAAAGGUUGCACCUGGGCCGCUCGCAGCUCGCGUUGGACGCAGCCAGCCCCCACCGAUGCGAAAGACAGAUGAGCUGCCACAGUUGUACCAUCUGCCUGGCACCAACUGGAAUCUUUUGAGGAAGCACAUGACUCUAAGCACGCGAGUUGACUUGAAUCACUGCUAUCGGUCACUGGGUCUUGAUAUCGGUCGAGGUAAAGCGUUGUAUGAGAACUUGAAGGCUUACUUGCGAAUCCCUGGCAACUCCGUCCACCUAUCCGCUGAAGAUGUUGACACCGAAGAUGCCAAGAGAAUCAUCGCCGACAUCGCCCACAAGCUCCUCUACGAGCAGUGCUGGGGUCAGACCUACUUCGACCGACCUUCAUUAGACUCUGGCUGCAAGUUCAUUACAUACCAGGGGGACUCAACUGAGGUCUUUCUCGAAUUCACUUCCCUUGUCUACAAGGCUAUGAAACUUGAAGAGAAGCGGAAGAAGGGAAACGCCAAACAGCAGCAGGCCAGGGACGCGCGCGCCGUCACCCACCACCCGACGUCGGAAGCGUUCGCGAACGCGACAUACUUCUCGCCGCGAGAGUUCGCUCAGGCGCCGCCUCAAGCGGCCGCCGCCGCCGCCACAAACAACUCACCUCGCAUUGUCACGCAGUGCCCGACGCCGCAGGCCUCCGCGGCCACCACACAAAAUCCGCCACGCGCGGCGCCUAUGCACCCAGCAGAGUGGGCGUUCCUUCGACUGCAGGGGAAGGUGUAG